UGAGCCGCGCGCCCGCUCCGCUCCCCCUCCUCCCGGCUGGGCUGUGAAUGAAGCUCUGCCGGCUACGUGGGGCGCUAGCUCAGCUUGGUGUCCUGGACGCCAGAGCCGACUGAGUGCUCGGCCCGCCGGCGGCCGACACGGGCUCCGCCGCCCCUGACCUCGGCGACAGAGCAAAUCGGUUUCCUGGAGUGCCAAGCAAGUUGUCCGUGUGCCCGUGUGAUAACGUCAGUGUAAGCUACCCCGAAUAAGUGAGGGAAAUCCAGAAGCGUGGAGCAUAAAAAGCCAGUUCAGGGCUUGAGCUACUUGCAGAAAACAAGGCCACACAGCUGCUGUUGCAUCUACAUCCCAUUCGAGCCUCCCUACAAAAGUGGAGGAAUUUGGGAAACUGAGUGUGUGACCCCCAAAGUGGGAGAGGACAGGAUCAAGAUGGCCAUGUGGCAGGGGGCUAUGGAUAACAGAGGCUUUCAGCAGGGGAGUUUCAAUAGCUUCCGGAGCAGCUCCAGUGAUGAAGACUUGAUGGACAUUCCAGGGACAGCUAUGGAUUUUUCCAUGAGAGAUGAUGUUCCUCCCUUAGAUGGAGAAAUAGAAGAGGACAGGUCAUACAAUGGUGGAGGAAUAGGUUCUUCAAAUAGGAUGAUGGACUUCUUGGAGGAGCCAAUCCCUGGUGUGGGGACCUAUGAUGAUUUCAACACAAUUGACUGGGUGAGGGAAAAGUCACGGGACCGGGAUAGGCACCGAGAGGUAAGAACAAAGAUGCCGGAAAGUUUAUGGCUUGUCCAUUAUUUUGCUGCCAUUUCCCUCGUUUUCUCUUGACAACUUUGGCCUUCCCUUCCCUUCCUCAAAUCAGGUUCCUUAGCUGGCUUGAUAGACAUUUCUGCUCAUUGGAUGACAGACUUAAAAGAAGGCAUAUGCACGGAGGGAUUCUGGUUUAACCAUGAGCACUGUUGCUGGAACUCUGACCACGUCACCUUCGAAGACAGAGACAAAUGCCCAGAGUGGAACAGCUGGUCCCAGCUUAUCAUCAGCACCGAUGAGGGAGCCUUUGCCUACAUAGUCAAUUAUUUCAUGUACGUCCUCUGGGCUCUCCUAUUUGCCUUCCUUGCCGUGUCUCUUGUCAAAGUGUUUGCGCCUUACGCCUGUGGCUCUGGAAUUCCUGAGAUAAAAACUAUCUUGAGCGGUUUUAUUAUUAGGGGCUAUUUGGGUAAGUGGACCCUGAUUAUCAAAACCAUCACGCUGGUGCUGGCCGUGUCAUCUGGCUUGAGCCUGGGCAAAGAGGGCCCCCUGGUGCACGUGGCUUGCUGCUGUGGGAACAUCCUGUGCCAUUGUUUCAACAAAUACAGGAAGAAUGAAGCCAAGCGCAGAGAGGUCUUGUCGGCUGCAGCGGCAGCUGGUGUAUCUGUAGCCUUUGGGGCACCAAUCGGCGGGGUGUUAUUCAGCCUAGAAGAGGUCAGCUACUAUUUCCCCCUCAAAACGCUGUGGCGCUCGUUCUUUGCUGCCUUGGUGGCAGCUUUUACUCUACGUUCCAUCAAUCCCUUUGGCAACAGCCGCCUGGUUCUAUUUUAUGUGGAGUUUCACACCCCCUGGCAUCUCUUUGAGCUCGUGCCCUUCAUUGUGCUGGGCAUAUUUGGUGGUCUGUGGGGAGCUUUGUUUAUCCGUACCAACAUUGCCUGGUGUCGGAAGCGUAAGACCACUCAGCUGGGCAGGUACCCUGUCGUGGAGGUACUCGUUGUGACAGCCAUCACUGCCAUCCUGGCUUUCCCCAAUGAGUACACCCGCAUGAGCACAAGUGAGCUUAUUUCUGAGCUGUUCAAUGACUGUGGCCUGCUGGACUCCUCCAAGCUCUGUGAUUAUGAGAACCGCUUCAACACAAGCAAGGGGGGAGAGCUGCCCGACAGACCGGCUGGUGUGGGAGUCUACAGUGCCAUGUGGCAGCUGGCCUUGACACUCAUACUGAAAAUUGUCAUCACCAUAUUCACCUUUGGCAUGAAGAUCCCUUCUGGCCUGUUUAUCCCCAGCAUGGCUGUUGGUGCUAUAGCAGGUCGACUUUUGGGAGUGGGGAUGGAACAGCUGGCUUAUUACCACCAUGACUGGGCCAUCUUCAACAGCUGGUGUAGCCAGGGAGCGGAUUGCAUCACCCCUGGCCUGUAUGCGAUGGUUGGGGCUGCAGCCUGCUUGGGUGGGGUGACCCGGAUGACUGUUUCCCUUGUUGUCAUAAUGUUUGAACUAACUGGGGGCUUGGAGUACAUUGUGCCUCUGAUGGCUGCAGCCAUGACAAGCAAGUGGGUGGCAGACGCUCUUGGGCGAGAGGGCAUCUAUGAUGCCCACAUUCGUCUCAAUGGUUACCCCUUUCUUGAAGCCAAAGAAGAGUUUGCCCAUAAGACCCUGGCAAUGGAUGUGAUGAAACCCCGGAGAAAUGAUCCUUUAUUGACUGUCCUUACUCAGGACAGUAUGACCGUGGAAGAUGUAGAGACUAUCAUCAGCGAAACCACUUACAGUGGCUUCCCAGUGGUGGUGUCCCGGGAGUCCCAAAGACUUGUGGGUUUUGUCCUCCGGAGAGAUCUCAUUAUUUCCAUUGAAAAUGCUCGGAAAAAACAGGAUGGGGUUGUAAGCACGUCCAUCAUUUAUUUCACCGAACAUUCUCCUCCCAUGCCGCCCUACACCCCGCCCACCCUAAAGCUCCGGAACAUCCUGGAUCUGAGCCCCUUCACUGUGACUGACCUCACACCCAUGGAGAUUGUCGUGGACAUCUUCCGCAAGCUGGGACUGCGGCAGUGCCUGGUUACGCACAACGGGCGGUUGCUCGGAAUCAUUACCAAAAAGGACGUGUUAAAGCACAUAGCACAGAUGGCAAACCAAGAUCCCGACUCCAUUCUCUUCAACUAGAAUCACAGGGCUGUGCUGGAUGUAAAACAGGAAGGACAUUGCAGACCACGGAUGUGUUUUGUUAACUGGGUACCCAAAACACAUUUCCCAUAUUUGGAGGGUGAAGUUAUAUUAGUGUGUUGUCUCUUUCCUAGAAGUUAACCAGUUGCACUACAUAAUCUCUGGAAUUUAAUCUUCUCUUUAGGAGAAAAUACAGUUAGGCUUCUGUGACACUGCAUUAGGAAGAUUUUGUGAAAGAGUCAAUGAGAUUGCUCUGGUUUGAUUCUUCUUAAAUUUUUUUUUAAUUUAAAACAUAAUUGUUAGCCAAUAUGCAAUCACUGAAAACUAUGCAAGAAAAAUUCCAACCGUCCUGACCUAUAGCCUACAGGAAACUCAUGAAAAAGUCACUUUUUUGGACUCUGUCAUUGGUGGAAGAUGAAGUGUAAACUAAGGGGCUUUGCUUUUCCAACCACAGAAAGGAAAGCCAGAAGGAAAAUAGUAAUGGUGUUUUCCAGACUGUGAAAAUUCAGUUCAAAUGUUAUCUUGUUCCUGUUACAAUAUUUAGCAUUAUUAGUUUGUGUGUGUGUACGUGUAUGUUAAUUUUAAUAUCUGAUUAUAAGACAAUGCUGCUUUGGUUAACCUUCUCUAAACGAAUUUAGAGAGGUUGACUUUUAUAGCUUGCUUGUUCCUGGUACUCUUUUGAAGUGCACAAAGAUAAGUUAUGGAACUUUCUCCUUGUCUGCAAAAAGGGUAAUUUUCCAGAUGGUAUUUGUUAGCUGGUAGACAAGGACUUCGCCAUGAAUUUGUUAGUAGCAAGGAAUGAUUUCUCCAGCUUCCUUGGAAUGAAUGAUUAGUAAAGUUCUAAGCAAAGUCAA